AUGGACAUCAGCGAGGAUAUAAAUUCCGAGUUGGAUGCCAUUAUUACCGAAAAGGUGCCCCUAGAAGCGGUGGCUCGGUUUGGUCGACUCCUGAAGACUUUCGAGGGCAAGCCCGAGGAGUUCAUACUGCAUGCCAUCUCAAAGAUCUCCAAUGCCAUCUCUCAGGAUGCUGUCACAGUCAUCUCAGCCCGUCAAAUUUGUGGCGAACUCAUCACCUACAUAGACAAAUCCCCAUCCGAUCAAAUGGCGAUUUCCGCAUUUCAGAUCCUCCUUUCUCGAAUGCAGUCACGACUCACCGAGCUUCGUGAUUUGCUGGCGAAACGGCUAUCAAACAGCGGCGAUCUUCGCGAGGCUGCCGUAGUCCUUUCUGGCAUUCCCCUAGAGAGUGGCCAACGGUAA